CUAUACUGGAAGAGAAGACUGGCUUGAUCAGUCUGCUUUAGCUUUGAUAAAGGAGAGACAGAGGGGUGGAAGGAGCAAGUGAGCAACGGGUGAGAGGCCACUGGAACCAUUCUUGGACUCCUGGUGUGUGGAGCAGAAAGCUCUUUUAGGUUGCCAUGGCAUCUGGACCCAACAUGAUGGACCCCAUUUGUCUGGUGGAAAAUGACAAUGAGAUUCUGUCAGUGAACCAGAAAGCUCUACAGAUUCUUGAGAAGAUUUCUCAGCCAGUGGUGGUGGUGGCCAUUGUAGGACUGUAUCGUACAGGCAAAUCCUACUUGAUGAACCGUCUUGCAGGACAGAACAGUGGUUUCCCUCUGGGCUCCACAGUGCAGUCUGAAACCAAGGGCAUCUGGAUGUGGUGUGUGCCCCACCCCUCCAAGCCAAACCAUACCCUGGUCCUUCUGGACACCGAGGGCUUGGGGGAUGUGGAAAAGGGUGACCCUAAGAACGACUCGUGGAUCUUUGCCCUGGCUGUGCUUCUGUGUAGCACCUUUGUCUACAAUAGCACGAGCACCAUCAACCACCAGGCCCUGGAACAGCUGUACUAUGUGACAGAGCUCACAGAACUUAUCCAGGCCAAGUCCUCUCCAAGACCUGAUGGAGUAGAAGAUUCCACAGAGUUUGUGAGUUUCUUUCCAGACUUUAUCUGGGCUGUUCGGGAUUUCACCCUGGAGCUGAAGUUAAACGGUCACCCUAUCACAGAAGAUCAGUACCUGGAGAAUGCCUUGAAGCUGAUUCCAGGCAGGAAUCCCAAAGCCAGAACAUCCAAUCUACCCAGAGAGUGUAUCAGGCAUUUCUUUCCAACACGGAAGUGUUUUGUGUUUGACUGGCCAACAAAUAAGAAAGAACUCCUAUACAAUAUUGAGAAUGUGUCUGAAGACCAACUGGAUCCUAAAUUCCUAAGACAAACAAAGAAUUUCUGUUCUUACAUCUUCACCAAUGCAAAAGUCAAGACCCUCAAAGAGGGGAUCACGGUCACUGGGAAUCGACUGAGGACUCUGGUUGUGACCUAUGUGGAUACCAUCAAUACCGGAGCUGUACCUUGUUUGGAGAACGCAGUGACAACUCUGGCCCUGCUGGAGAACUCAGCAGCUGUGCAGAAGGCAGCUGACCACUACAGUGAGCAAAUGACCCAGCAACUGAGUCUCCCCACAGACAAGCUCCAGGAACUGCUGGAGUUGCACACAGCCUGUGAGAAGGAAGCCAUUGCCAUCUUCAUGGAGAGCUCCUUCAAGGACAAAGAUCAGGAAUUCCAGAGGAAUCUUGUGGAAGUCAUAAAGAAAAAGAAGGAGGGUUUCGUGCUGCAGAAUGAAGAGGCAUCUAUCAAAUACUGCCAGGCUAAACUUGAUGAGCUUUCCAAGGCCCUAAUGGAAAGUAUAUCAGCAGGUGCUUUCUCUGUUCCUGGAGGGCACAAACUCUACAGGAAAACAAUGGAAAGAUUACAACAGGACUAUCGCCAAGUGCCCAGGAAAGGAGUGAAGGAAAAUGAGGUCCUCCAGAGCUUUCUGCAGUCACAAGUGGCAGUCGAGAAAUCCAUCCUGCAGGCAGAUAAAGCCCUCACUGAUGGGGAGAAGGCUGUAGCAGAGGAGCGGGCCAGGAAUGAGACAGCUGAGAAGGAACGGGAGCUGCUAAGACAGAAACUGCAAGAGCAGCAGCAGGAGAUGGAGGCGCAACAGAGGAGUCUCCAGGAAAACAUAGCCCAGCUGACAGAGAAGCUGGCGAGGGAAAGAGAAAACAUACUGAGAGAGCAGACUAUGAUGUUGGAGCAUAAGCUGAAGGCCCAGGAAGCUCUACUUAAAGAAGGAUUUAGACAGAAAUCUGAGAGUAUGAGUGCAGAGAUAAAUCAUUUGAGAAAUAUGAUUGAUAAUACUAAUGAUGGUAAUACUUCCUGGGUUGCACUAAUCUUGGACAAAUUUGGCAAAGAGAUUUCUUCAGUAUUGUGUGCUCCAGGCAAACUUCUUGGUCAGAUUGUGAGUGGUGUGAGCUCCCUAUUUAAAAAGUAGAUCUUCUUUUAAAGAAAUUAGAGAUAUAUAAUAUAUGUAUAUGCUCUGCCCUAUGUUUGGUGUGAAUGCUUUUCACUUUCUUUUUUUUUUUUUUUUUUUUGCUUUUCACUUUCAUUUAGCAAGGCUUUAAAUAUAAAAAGUGGUUACUAAAAAUGUCAAUGCCUGGCCCACAUUAGACAGAAUAAAUGCAUAGACAUUUUGAUACAGCAUCUCCACUUUUAAGAAAUAUAUGUGUGCAAAAUCACACACAACACACAUACACACAUAUACACAUAUAUUGCUUCCCUCUAGCUCAGACGGUAAAGAAUUUGCCUUCAAUGCAGGAAACCCAGGUUCAAUCCCUGGGUCAGGAAGAUUCUCUGGAGAAGGGAAUGGCAACCCACUCCAGUAUUCUUGCCUGGAAAAUCCGAUGAACAAAGGAGCCUGGCGGCCUAUAGUCCAUAGGGUCUCAAAGAGCUGGACAUGAUCGAGCAACUGAUACUACUACUCCUUUACACACAUAAACAUACAAGAGGUCCAUUGAGGCAUCUCUUUUAAUGGCAAAAGACUGAAAACUACUUAAGUGUCUAUCUAUAUAGUUGGUAUUAAUAAUAUAUAUUUUGUGUGUACAUGUACUGGAAUACUAUGUAGUCAGUAAACAAUCAACAAUGAAAUUCUAUCUGCAUAAAUAUAGAAAAAGCUUGAAGAUAUAUUGUAGAACCAAAACAACUGAGAUAGAAAACAGUUUGCAUUAUCUGCUCACCAUAAAACUGCAGUUAUCAUGUGCACUCAUUUAUAUGGACACAUGGAACGUCUCUUGAAGAACUGAUAUCAUUGAUUUCUUCUGGGGAGGGACAGCUUGGUGUUAAGGGUGUUAAAAAAACACAUGUUUUUCAUUAUGUCAUCUAUCUUUUCAUUUCUAUAAAGCUUUAUUGUCAUUUCUCAAAUAACAAAGAAAGCAUAAAGUAUAAUACUAAAAAUGAUAAUAAAUGGAAUUUGAAAUUGA